AUGUGUAGCAAAACUUCAUCUGACAUGUUAUGGCAUAAAGAGGCAGAUAAUAACGAUGGGUACCUGAGGCAUCCAAGGGACGCUGAAGCAUGGAAAGACUUUGAUGCAAAGUAUCCUGACUUUUCCAAUGAUGCUCGCAGUGUUCGCUUAGCCUUAGCAAGUAACGGUUUUAAUCCUUUCAGAAACAUGAGUACCACGUAUUCCGUUUGGCCUGUAAUUCUUAUUCCGUACAAUCUUCCACCUUGGCUAUGCAUGAAACAGUCAUCUUUUAUUCUAUCUAUGAUUAUUCCUGGUCCUAAAAUGCCGGGUAACGACAUUGAUGUUUUUUUGGAGCCCCUGGUGGAUGAGUUGAAGCAACUCUGGGAUGGUGUUGAAACUUAUGAUGCUAAUAAGGGAACCACUUUCAAGAUGCGUGCGGUGCUACUGUGGACUAUUAGCGAUUUUCCAGGGUUGGGAAAUUUAUCUGGGUGGAACACGUACAGUGGGUUAGCUUGUCCCACGUGUAACGUGGACGCUAAGGCUCAGCGACUAACAUUCAGUCGAAAAUGGUGUUACACGGGCCAUCGCCGCUUCUUGAACCAGGGCCAUAAAUAUAGAGCAGACCGGAAAAGAUUUGACGGACAAGUUGAAAGCAGAGAUCCACCUAUGAAGUAUUAUGGAACAGAUGUCUUAAGGCAGCAGUCUAACUUGCAAGUAUCGUUUGGGAAGAACCCAACUCUGACAGCUAAAAGAAGACGCAUUGGUGAAGAUGCAGAUCAAGAUGACUCGGUUUGGAAAAAGCGGAGUGUGUUCUUUGAACUCCCGCACUGGAAGGAUCACAUGCUGCGUCAUAACCUUGACGUGAUGCACAUAGAGAAGAACAUUUGUGACAAUCUGGUCUACACUAUUUUAAACGACAGCGUCAAAUCAAAAGAUAAUCUUAAAGCUCGCAAAGAUUUACAAAGCAUGGGCAUAAGGCCUGAAUUAUGGCCGGACGAAGGUGGUAAAUAUCGUUCAGCAAUCUUCACAAUGUCGAAUCCACAGAAGGAUGUAUUCCUGAAGACUCUACAGAACGUGGUCUUUCCAGAUGGUUACUCGAGCAAUAUUGCUCAUUGUGUUGAUAUCCGGCAGCGCAAGUUGUAUGGGUUGAAGAGUCACGACUGCCACAUUCUAAUGGAACAAUUACUUCCAAUUUUGGUGAAGAAUGCAUUGCCAAGUCCGCUUGGUGCCCUUCAGGAUCAUGUUGUGCAAACUCUGUGUCAGAUAGAAAUGAUAUUUCCUCCAUCCUUUUUCACUGUCAUGGUUCACCUUACGGUGCACCUGGUUGAUGAACUAAAAAUUGGUGGCCCGGUACAUUAUCGGUGGAUGUAUCCAAUAGAAAGGUACUUGGGACGAUUGAAGCAAUACGUGCGUAACAGGGCACAAGCUGAAGGCUCAAUUGCGGAAGGCUAUUUAUCCGAGGAGAUUUUGACAUUCUGCUCCAGAUAUUUGGAUAAUACUGAGACUAGAAUCAACCGUCCUGCGCGAGUUGAUGAUCGACCUGUUGAUAUUACAAACAAUACAGGAUGUACUAUGUUCCCUGUAAUUGGAAAAGCUUCAGGGGCUGUAUCACAUUUUACACUGACCCCAAUGGAAAGAGAUCAGGCACAUCGUCAUGUGUUAGUCAAUUGUGAGGCCGUCGCUCCAUUUAUUGAGUCAGAAACCAAGCGAAAAUUACGGGAUCAAACAAGGUCGCACUCUAGGAUAGACCGUGUUGUGCAUGCAGAAUUUCCUCGCCGGUUCAAGGGUGAGGUUCCAAUGGACAGUACCGUACAUUCGAAAGAAAUGAAGUUGCUGGCAUGUGGUCCCAUGCUUCAGGCGAGCCGGUUUGGGGCAUACAACGUCAAUUGA